AUGGACCUCCCCACUCGAGGGCCUCUGACAGUCACCUGCGUCUCGAGGGCUGGCACAGCGCUCGUCGUCGAGGAGCUCGUCGCCGUCGUCGCCGUGACGUCUUCCCUGCUGAACUCCCUCCACCACACCAUCGCCCGCUUCCCAUACGUCCAGGCCCGCCUCUCGCCUCGCUACUCGUUCAUCAACCCGCUCUGUCGCGACGUCGUGCUCGCAUUCUCGCUGCUUGAUGGGGGCGUGCGGGAAGCGCGCCGCUUGAAAAUCUUUGAGCCCAACGAUGUCGGUCUCGUGCGCCUGCCGCGCGCGGCGUGGGAAUUCGUCUUGGGUACGGAGCAGAAGGUGGCGUCGUUGAGGAGUCGGCUGUUUGUGGAGAAGUACCGGGUGAGGGUGUUGAUUGAUGCUGUGGCUUGGGAGGGACUGAGGUGUAUGGCUGCGAAUUGGGGGUGGCUGGGGGAGAGGGGAGAGGAUGCCAAGGAGUGCAUGGAGGAGUUGGCGAGCUUGAGCAGGAUGCUGCCGCUUAUUGCUGAGCGGUCGGUUGGCGUGCAUAAGGACUAUAAGCCUAGGCUGUUGAGCAUGAGGGGCUUGGCGGAGAAGGUUGUUGUGGGUGUCAUGCCGCCUUUCAGCGUGGUGGUGCCCACGGCUAUCCCUCCUCCUGUUCCCACCUCAGUCUUGAAUGCCGCUCCCAUUCUAGCAGCCCAGGCUUUCCAUCCCGAGCCCCAGCAAAUCAUUUCCGACGAGAAGCUAGGAUGUCACUCCUCAGCCAGCUCCACUGCCCUGGCAUGCAGCGUGGCAGCGAUCGACGACUCCAUCCACGAGACCUGGAUCCUGCGCCGUAACCGGCCCAGGAAAGAGUUCCAAUCCCGCACCUCCGUGCUCGGGCUCCCGCUGCUCUCAACACACGCUUACUCCGCCGCCACCUACGACGUCCUGCCCCGCAAGUCGGCUGCUGAGCGCGUGCUGCGCAUGGACGAGGGCUCGCCGUGGGAGAUUCAGAGGCUGCUUAAGGCGAGGGAGAGAGCUUCUUCUGGGGAGACGGUGCGCAGGAGGUGGGAGGUUGUUGGCUUGCGGGGGGAGAGGACGAAUGGACUGAGGAUCUCUGCUUUUUCCUGUCCUUCUUUAACUUCUUCCGUUGCUUCUGCUUCUCCUUCUCUUUCUGCUUCGACGAAACGGAAACGCUGGCUCAGGAUAUGUGGUGGUGGUGGUGGUGGUGGCGAUGGUAGCGGUCGUGGGAAACGGAUUGUCGAGUGGCAGUUGGUGCUGCGAGGGGAGACGGUCGAUCGCGAGGAGCGGGUGUUGCCUUCUAAGCACGUGGAUCCGUGGGCAUCGUCGCCGCAGCCCGGACCGAAGAAGAAUUUCCUAGCACCGGUGUCGAUGCCGAUGUCGAUGCCGAUGCCUGGUCAGGUGCGAGGUCAGAUGCAGGGCCAUCCGAGACAAGCAGCAGCAGCAGCAGCAGCUGUACUGCAGUACGCGGCGACCCUGAUGCAUGUGGAGAAUCGACGCGUCUUUAGCUUUAUGGAGGCGGAGAUCAAGAUGCGGGAGAUUGUGGAGGACUUGUUCGAUCCGGGGCCGGGACCGGGGCCGAGGGCGGAUGAUGAGACGGUUGGAGAGAGCGAGGGCGAGGAAGAAAAGUGGUGA